AUGAGCCCUUACGCUACGUCCCCCAGUGGAGAACGUGAACGCCGACGAAGAAAGCCCUCCGGUGGGGGAAUACUAUCCUUGGUAAAGCGCAAAAAGGCGAACCUUCGUGAACGGAACCGCAUGCACGGGUUAAACGAUGCGCUCGAUCGUUUGCGGAUGUGCAUUCCACUUCCGGCGAGUGUGACAACCGCUUCGGUACGGUUGCACGUCAACGGAGACCCCGGGGGACCAGCUGUAACGCCACAGAAACUUUCCAAAAUCGAUACACUACGAUUGGCACAAAACUACAUCCUGGUGCUGCUGGAAGUGUUGUACACUGGACGUGGCUUUAGGUACGAGCGCUUGGUAGCCACACUGGCUAGCCGUUUGAGCCAAAACACGGCCAAUCUGCUCCGGACGAAACUUUCGCUGGAUCAACCACUUCAGACAGGCUUAUUGGAGGGGUGCGACGAACGUCGGGAAGGUUUCUGCCCCAAUUCUUCGGAUAAUCAACCGCAGCUUCCGUACUGUCUGUGUUCUUCACACGACACGCCAUGGACUAAUGGGGACCCAUCCUACAGGAGACGCAACAAUCACCAAUGGGCAGCCAAUGGUUACGGUUGUACCUUUUGCGGCUACGCCGACGAUGACACACAGCAGCCGGGCCGCUACUCGCCAAGACUUUCCCGUGACGAAUUGUUUGACUUCUGAUGGCUUUCUUAGCUUUUCGUGUCUCCGAAGAAGGAAACACCUUUCCAUUGACCAUUACAACAAGCAAACGUUUUCUGUCCUCCGGCUCUUCCAACAUACACACAUUUAAGCAUCUGCGAGAAGCGCUCGAUCCUACCACGAAACUAAACGCUAUCAUCAGCCAGCUAUCAACAAACUAUCCACAAUGCGCGAUGAUGCAUUGUUGCAAAAACAAAACAACGUAUGAGAGUAUUCGGUUUUACUAUCACAUUACCCUUCUCGUGGAGUUGCACCAAAAACAGUCGCUUGUGCUCCUUCGGCUUUGUG